AAUUUGAGAUGAAUCAUCUACGACGUUGAAUGGAUGAGUGUAUGAGGUGUGUAAAACUAAGCCAGGUUACGUGUGGAAUGAAUGUGUGAGGAUUAUAUUGAACCAAAAAGACGUUGAAUUAAGGGAUCACGAUGCAGCCAAUAAUUGAAUUUCAGGAAUGUCUGCGAGACUCUCCCAAAUUUAGAUCUAAGUUAGAAGAUUGUGAGGCAGAUAUUGAACAGCUAGAGCAGCGGCUGGAUAAGGUGCUGAAAAUGUGUGGGCUUAUGGUUGAUUGUGGAAAGAAUUAUGUUGCCCAACAAAGUUCAUUUGCAAAUAGCUUGUGGGACCUCAGUACCUAUUUUCGAUCUGACAGUGAUGUUGUGGCCUGUCUUAAUAAAUUGAUCCAUGCCUUGCAAGAAAUGAACAAAUUUCAUACUAUAUUGCUUGAUCAAGCUUCACGCACUAUUCUAAAAAACCUUACAUCAUUCAUAAAGGGGGAUAUCAAGCAAGUAAAGGAUCAGAGACAUUAUUUUGAGAAAAUAUCAGUAGAUCUAGAUAAUGUAUUGACCCGAAAUUCUCAAGCAUUGCGAACAAAACCUGCAGAGGUGGAAGAGGCUCAGAAUCUCCUAUGUGCCACUCGUUCAUGUUUUCGGCACACAGCAUUGGAUUAUGUUCAUGCUGUGAGUCUGCUUCAGACUCGCAAGCGCCAUGAAGUUCUCAGUACACUCCUGUCUUAUAUACAUGCUUGCAGUACAUUUUUCCAUCAAGGUUCUGAUUUGUGCCAAGAUCUUGAUCCUUUUCUAAAGAAAUUGGCAGAUGAGAUUGUGAGUAUGAGGCAAGGAAGUAGCAAAUUGGAGAAGGAAAUGGAAAAUCGCCAUUCUUAUGUCACAAGUACUGAUAUAAUUCCUCCACCCGCUGCAGAUGGCUCUAGUAAUAUGGAAGGAUACUUAUUCAAACGAACAUCAAAUGCGUUUAAGACAUGGAAUCGACGGUGGUUCAUAUUACAGGAAAACCAGCUAGUAUACAGAAAGAGAACUGGAGAACCUACUCCAACGGUUAUGGAGGAAGACCUUCGAUUGUGCACUGUGAAACCUGUUGUAGAUGGAGAUCGACGUUACUGCUUUGAAGUGUUAUCACCAACAAAGAGCCACAUGCUGCAGGCUGAUUCAGACGAAAUGUUCCAAGCGUGGAUAGCAGCCAUGCAGCAUGGCAUUGGUGCUGCCAUUCAGCAAAGUUUGAGUGAUGAGGGUGGCAUAAACCAGCACUCAACUGGAGGAUCUCCGAGUGGCAAAAAUUCCCAAGGGGGCUCACAUCCACCCAGCUGUAGUUCAGGAGAAACAGGAGAAGUCCAUGCAUCACCUGACAAACAACGCAAAUCCAAAAUUUGGGAGCAGUUACUCAAAAUUCCAGGAAAUAACAAAUGCUGUGAUUGUGAAAGCCCAAAUCCACAGUGGGCAAGUAUAAAUCUAGGCAUUACGUUAUGUAUAGGAUGUUCUGGGGUUCAUCGCAGCCUUGGAGUACACUAUAGUAAAGUUCGUUCCCUCACUCUGGAUGCAUGGGAGCCUGAAAUCUUGAAAGUUAUGGCAGAACUGGGCAAUAAUAUUGUCAACAAUGUUUAUGAAGCCAAUGUUACUUCUGAUUUUGCUCGGGCUACACCAAAAUGCCAUGGAAACAUUCGUGAAGCUUGGAUAAAAGCAAAAUACAUAGAAAAGCAAUUUACAAAACCAUUAGCAAUACCUGCAAUUACGAUAACUGGCACUGAGGUACCACAAGGAACUGAAUCCCCAGGGCAACGUGCAUCUCGAUCAAACUACCUCUCUGUGCGCAAAUGGAGUGUGCGCAAGAUUCGGCAGCGGUCUCGAGAUAAUAGAAAUCGAUCUACAUCAGCUGGCAAGAAAGUUUCACCUAGAAGACGUCUCCCAAUGCCAUCUGAAUCGCUUAGAUCUAAGAUUGAUGAAAAAUCAAACAAAGAUAUAUCCAAAGAGGAGGUGGAGACUAAAGAAGAAAAUAUCACCAAAGAAAUAUCCGAUACAGAUAGCAUUGUAAAAGUGGAAACAGAAUCAGAACCACCUUCUCCUGCAGCAAGCAAGAAAAGUAGUUCAGGAUCGGUUUCUGAUUCAUCACUGAACUGUGAAGUACUUAUUUUUGGAAAAAGUCUUGAGAAACAGCCUAUGGAGGGAUCUAUAGAACUUAGAGAAGAAGAUAUUUCCAAGUUACAUCCUGAUUUGCUGUUGUACAAAGCAGCUCGUGCACACAAUCUUCCUGUCAUGUGUGAAGCAUUAGCCUGGGGUGCUGACAAGAAUUGGUGUCAUGAAGAAGACAAAAAUCGUUCUGCAAUACAUCAAGCCAUUCUUAGUGGAUCAGUUAUGGCAUGUGAAUACUUGUUGCUAAAUGGUGCCAAAAUCAAUGCUCAAGACAGCCUUGGUAAAACACCUCUUCAUUUAGCCACAGAACUAGGUCAUACUGCUCAAGUGUGUUUACUCCUGAAGCACAGGGCUGACCAACGUCUUAAAGACAGUGAUGGUACCGAGCCUCUGGCAAUUGCAAUCAAGAAAGCUAAUGCUGACAUAGUUACAUUGUUGCGACUGGCAAUGCUUAAUGAGGAGAUCAAGGCUUCAGAACUGGGCUCAACAGGUGACGACACUUUCAAUGAUGUUGUUCGAGACUUCUCUCAACUUGCAUAUUCCCAUCCUGAGCGAUUACAGCGUGGCCCUCAAGAACCCGAGUGAGGGCGGGAGUUGGAGGUAGUAGCGGGAUCUUCUCGCCCUGCCUCCUACUUCCAUCACUCGCUUCCAUCAUUUGUGCGCUCUUCUGCCCGAAAGCUUUUCCCUCGUGUAUCUAGGCGAAAGAAGCACAAAUCUUAAUAGUUGUAUGUAAUGAACCAUUCUAAUAACGAACAUAUUCUCAACCCAUGGUAUUACUAUACAAUGUUUUCAGAGUGAUGGUUUCACUGCUCUACAUUUAAGGUGUGUAUACCUUGAAAUUUGUACUUUAAAAUUUUUAACCUCUGUUAGAAGAGGAUGAUAGAUCUGAACCACGUUCAUACUUGAACUUAGAUAUUCAUUGAAAAUACUAACUGCAGUUCCUGAAAUUUACAAAAUUCUCAUAUUUGUGUAAGUUGAUGGCUUCAGAACACUUGUACAUAACUAUUGUUAUGAAUAUCCUAAUGUUAAUUGAUAAAAGCAUGACAAAGUAGUAUAUUUAAUUUUUAGGAGUUAUACAUUAGAUUCAGUACUCUGGAGUAUUGCUCUUGUGAUAGUGUGUUUAUAUCAUUUUGUGAUAUAUAUGAACAAAUUUUAUUUUGGUAUUAAUGAAUUUUAUUUUUAUUACUAUUAUCAUUAUUAUUGUCUUAUUAUCAUCGUUUAUUAGUAAUUUUUUCCUGUAUAUUGCUCACUACAUGAAUUAGUUCUUGUAGAUGUAAUAUUAGUGUGUAAUGUAGUUCAUGUAGAGGAUGAUAUUGUCAUCUCUGUAUAAUUUGCAUUUUUAAAUGUAAUCAUUCUAGUAAUCUCUGUUUAUUGCAUUCCUUUUGAGUGUUUUUGCGGGACAAUAGAUUCUGCAGAACUGAUCAGGUUUGUUGACUGUAUAUGAAUUGUUUGCAAAUGUUUAUUUUGUUAAUCACUUUCAAAUUUUAAAGAAUACCAUUUGCUGUUAUGUACAGGCUUCCAUAAAAUAUAUGAAACUUUAUUGCUUUUAGAUAAUGUUAGUGUAAGUUUUGUUAUAUUGCAACAUAGUAGGAGAUUGAUGUAGAGGAUGAUGUAGUAGCUUCCAUAUAUUCUUACCUUUAUCAAGUUUGUUUCUGUAAAAUCAUAAUUAGAACUUACAAUUGCAAAUUAGGGCUUGUGUUGUUUGCAGGUAUUGGAAGCAAACAAUAGAAACUCAGUAAUAUUUUAUAAUGCAUUACGUUACUAAUUUAUAGCCGACACUGUAGCAGGUUAGCUUAUAAUAUGCACUUCGACAAUUAAAUUGUUGCAUUGAUUGGUUUAUAAAAUUUGAUAAUGAAGCAAUUAUGAUAGAGAAUAAUGUUCAGUACUUUUUGAGUGAUUACCUAGAUGAAAUAUUAACAGUAUUUUAUCUACUGAUGUAAUAUCAACUUAGAAAUUUUGCUUUAGGUGGGACAGAAUAGUAAUGUAAUUUUCUGUCUUUGUGAUACAAAAAUUCUCUCUUUGAUCCGAAGACUGAAGUGCUGCUCUAUGCCUUUAGAACCAUACUCCUCAGCUGAGCUUGUGUGCUAUUGGGGCUCCAGAGUAAGCUUGUACCAAAUUUGGGGAUCUCCCAAAUGGCUGUGUUCAAGAUAUCAUUUCAUCAUUCCAUUGACUAGAUGAACUGCAUUUGAAUUCUGCAAUCUAAUAGUUGAAUAUUUUAUGCGAAACUAAGCACACAAUUCUGAAUUUUAGUAGAAUAUGAACAACUAUUUCUGCUUUAUACAAACAUGAAAGCAAUGGUUCCAUUUGUUUGGUAUAAAUAUCAUUUGCUUAUUAUUAAGGUGCAAGACACUAGUUCAUAAUUUUUAAUUAAAAGAAAGCAAUUUUGUUGUACUUGGUUAAGAUGUGUCUUCAUUAUUUCAUCUUGUUUUGAAUGAUCAAGAACUCAUGAUGAAAGAGGUUUGAUAUAAGAAAAUUUUUCUUAAAUUCAUCUUAUUUCUUCAUUGAUUUCAAUGCAUUUGAAAUCUGUUUUCUUAACAUGUUGAUUUCUCAAAAUUGUAAUUUCAGUAGCUAUUACGAAUGUGUAUGUUGCUUAUGAUACUACAACUUGCAUUAUAUUUAAAUUCUUGCACUUGGAAGUGUUUCAGUGUAAUUUUAUAAGAGGAGAAUUAUCAAAUGCAAUCUCUACCCAUUCUGUGUUCAAAAGAAAAUUUAUGUAUUUUCAUAAAUGGUUUAGUCUGGAUUUUGAAACUUAUCACUUGCAGAUGAAAAAUAUGAAAAUUUUAUUCUUCAAGUUGUAUGCUAAAUCAGAAAAUAUUUUGCAUAAUUUUAAUGGUUGAUUGCAUUUAACAAUUCUAUACUGUAUGUGGUAUCUAUGCUAUAUAAUGCCUUUUUUCACUUAGUAAUUGUGUUUGAAAAAUUUAGGCGUUUGCACGUAAGACAGUUCUUUCUGUAGAUAGAAUAUCUACUGAUAUGAAAAUGUAUAGAGACAUUUGGAAGGCAUAGUUUUUGUGUCAAUAAAGUAUUAAUCCCUAGCAAAUUGAGAAAACUACUGGUCUUCCUCAUGGAUGCCUCAGUAUUUUAAGAGUAAAUUGGAAUUUGUUAGCUUUGAUAUGUUUUGUUAGAAACCCCUAUUCCAGGUUUCUGAAAUUCUAUCUACUUAUUUGUAAUUAAAAAAUACAUUUAAAAAGUCUGUCUACGCGGAUUUCUCUUGAAAACAUCGAGACUUUUCUACAUAUUGGUGAUAAUAAUGGAAUUGUAUUAGUGUUCAAAUAAUAUCCUGAAAGUAAUAACAAAAAAAUUAUUUUGUAAUUUUCUGGCUUUGCCAUAAUUGUAUAGAAAUUGUAUAUUUGAAUUAUAAUUGAUUUUGGCAAAUGAUGCUAUGGUGCUGUUGUACUUGUACAGUAUUAGUUAUCAAGUGCAUGCUAUAAUUGCCUAAGCUAAUAUAAAAUGGAAAAUCUAUGAAAUUUGGCAAUAAUUGUACACUUUUUAGAAACACUCGUAAGUGUCCUUGAGGCAUAGACUUAUGUUUGUGCAUUUAUGCAUAUCUUUUAUAUAGUACUUUGUUAAAUUACUUCUAAAAUCACUAUGGACAAAGCAUCACAAUUUAUAUUGUAUUUUUCCUUUGAUACAUGUAGGUUUCUUCGUUAUUGUUUUUAUAAUUCUUUUGGCAAACAGUACUUCACUAGAUAAAUAUUUGAAUCCCUCCAUCAGCUGGAAGUUUUAAAUCCAGUAAUUAUAUUUAAUUAAAUAUGUGAAUUUGGAAAAUCUUUUACUUUUGUACAAUGUCUUCAUGUAGGCUGUGUUUCUGUUUAAAGUUUCACCAGUAUAAACUCCUUCCAUUAUAGC